AUGAAUGCCGUAACUUCUGUUGCAGCCAGUUUUAUAAGCGCUGAAAAGGAAUAUGGGCUAGCUAUUUACAAUGCUGAUAGAAAGGAAGAGUCUGAAAAAAUUGAUAAAGAUCUGAAGGAUACAGAAGAAAGCUUUAAGAACUUUGAUGAUGUAUCUAUUCAACAAGUAGGCCUUGUACAAUCCCAAAUAGCUAAACAACCAAAUGAUAAUCUUGUGAAAAGGAUUAGCCCAAAGGAACUAUCUGACAUUCCUGCUUCACAUAAAACAAAUGUUUCUAAUGCUAUUAAAAGGUUUUACAAGGGGUAUAAAACGAUUAAAGGCCAAGAACCCGAUGUAGUUGAAGAGAAUGAUAAUAUGGAAAUCUAA